AUGGACGCUGGCCAGACCUCAGCGAAUCCCGCCCCCGCGGGUAACUCCAGCGAUUUUGUUCGCAAGCUCUACAAAAUGCUGGAGGACCCCUCGUACUCCUCGAUCGUGCGCUGGGGAGACGAAGGGGAUAGCUUCGUCGUCUUGGAGUGUGAGAAAUUCACCAAGACCAUCCUGCCCAAACAUUUCAAGCACAGCAACUUUGCCAGUUUUGUGCGCCAGCUCAACAAAUACGAUUUUCACAAAGUUCGACAGAAUAACGAGGAAAGUGGCCAGUCGCCAUACGGACAGAAUGCAUGGGAAUUCAAGCACCCGGAGUUCCGGGCGAACAGCAAGGAUUCCCUCGAUAAUAUCCGUCGCAAAGCUCCUGCGCCUCGCAAGCCGGCCGCACCCACCGAAGAAUCGGUACCCACUCAACAGAUCGAUCUGCUCAACCAGCAGAUCGUUGCGCAACAGCAACAGAUCCAGCACCUUUCCGACCGCUUUGCACAACUUUCCGUGGAUCAUCAGCUCAUGAUGCAGGAGGUCUUACGCGUGCAAAAGACGGUUGUGAACCAUGAGAGUGUCAUUCAUCAGGUGAUGAACUACUUGCUGUCGGUGGACGCGCGCCAGCGACGGGACAGUAAAGCAUCUGUAUCGUUCCAGGGGCAGGGCGGUUCGUCCAUGAGCGGCGACGAGCCAUCAUCGCCAUUGCAGCAGGCGUCCAAGCUGCUGAGUGACAUGAACGCGGAAAUUCAAUUCAAUCUGACAGGGUUGGAAGCGAUGAAUGACCCUCAAAAGGCCGGUGCCCCGCCAGUGGUCUCGACACCCACGAUGGAUGCCGCUGCUCGGAAUGGUGGCGUUCGCCCGUCCACCUCUGCGGCACCCAACCCGGCUCUCGUCUAUCCCAAGAUGGGUGGAGAGUUAGAGCCGGUGGUCUACCCCGUGGGCGCCACAAACGGGAUUGACCCCAUGUACAGCGAGCAUGUCAACAACGUGCCAUACGCGAUGCCACCCAAAACAGAGAUCGAGUCGGCCGAAACCCGCCGACAGUACCCUGACAACCGGAAAAAGAGCACCAACGUCGAUCCAGGCUGGAUGCGCAGCCCACACAUUCUCUUGGUGGAGGACGACGCCACCUGCCGACAGAUCGGUGGGAAAUUCCUUUAUUCUUUCAACUGCGUGAUCGACACAGCCUUCAAUGGUCUCGAAGCUGUGAACAAAAUCCAGGAAGGCUCGAAGUACGAUCUGAUUCUUAUGGAUAUCAUUAUGCCUCAUCUAGACGGUGUAUCGGCGUGCCACCUUAUCCGGCAAGCCGACCGAACCCCUAUCAUCGCCAUGACCUCCAACAUUCGCAGUGAUGACAUCCAACUCUACUUCCAACACGGCAUGGAUGACGUUCUUCCGAAGCCCUUCACCCGAAAGAGUCUUCUUGAUAUGCUUGAGAAGCAUCUGGUUCAUCUUAAGACGAUGCCGCAAGGCAUAGAAGCUGCGCCGCCUGGCGCCCCAAUGGCCAUGGCUGGUCAGACAUCAUCAUCCCAAUCCAUUAAAGAAGACAGCUCUCCCGGCCAGUCGCCCGCCGGGUCUAUGAACAACUGGCAAUCCCCCAGCCAGUUCCAAGCCAUGCAGACCGUCCCGCCCAACAUGCCUCCCGUCCAAGGACAAUACGUUUCGGCGGCGCCCGCCGCAUACACUGUCGACCAAAACGGCGUUCAGUACCCAGCCACUCAACCGGUUGCCGUCCCUGCUGUAGGGACACCCGUCCGCCCACCGCAUCGACGGCAGAUAUCCGAGAUGUCCACAGCCGCAGACAACGGGAACAUGGCCAAACGGCAACGCAUGUACUCCCAACAACCGCAGCCGAUGAUGGCCGUGCAAGCUGGACGGCCGGGCUGA